AUGACGCGGGAUAUCUUGGCAUGGAGAUCGAGAGAUGCUUCGAAAGCACCGCCUCUGUUGAAAUAUAGAUCUUCGUAUUCGUUCAUACUGGGUACCGUUUCUAUCGCUGUUUUUACCGAUAUUUUUCUCUACGGCAUAAUCGUCCCAGUAAUACCAUUCGCAUUGACAACCCGCGUUGGCGUGGCCGAAGCAGAUGUCCAACACUGGGUCUCCGUCCUCAUUGCCGUCUAUGGCGCUGCUCUCCUCGGUGCUUCCCCAAUAUGCGGCUACGUAGCUGAUCACACGUCCUCCCGGCGUCUCCCCCUCCUUAUUGGACUCCUCGCCCUCCUUGGCUCAACCCUGCUGCUUUGUCUAGGUACCACUCUCGCUCUUCUCAUCAUCGGCCGCUUACUGCAAGGUUUCUCCGCUGCCGUCGUCUGGACCGUCGGUCUGGCGCUGUUAGCCGAUACCGUGGAUCAUGAAAUGAUUGGGCAGGCGAUGGGUUAUGUGAGUAUGAGCAUGUCUGUAGCGGUGCUCGUGGCGCCCUUGUUGGGGGGAGUGGUGUAUGCGAGGGCCGGGUAUUAUAGUGUUUUCUUUAUGGCGUUUGGGUUGAUUGUUCUGGAUAUUAUUCUCAGAGUGGUAUUGGUGGAGAAGAAGAUCGCGAAGCAGUGGGUGCCAGCAGAACCCGAGACGUCUCCGCCUUCACCUUCAAAGACUUUAUCCGAGAAAGCUACAGGCCCGCAAAUCACCAUGGAUCAACCGGAGCACACACCGUCUCCAGCGUCAGCGCCAGAAUCGUCCGCACCCCCCUUGACAAUCUUUCCCACUAAACGCCAGCUCCCCCCAGUAUUCACCCUCCUCGGCUCCCGCCGCCUCCUCGCCGCCCUCUUCUGCAGCCUCAUCCAGUCCACCCUCCUUACAGCCUGGGACGCCGUCCUCCCGCUCUACGUCCACCGUCUUUUCGGAUGGGGCUCCACAGGCGGCGGUCUGAUAUUCCUGCCCUUGAUCCUCCCAUCCUUCGUGGCGCCCCUAAUCGGAUACUGGAGCGACAAACGCGGCCCCCGUGUCCCCACCACCUUGGGAUUCUUACUCGCGGUGCCGUUCCUCGUCGCUAUGCGGGCCGUGAAUCAUGGAGGCAUCGAUCAGAUAGUGCUGCUCUGUGCACUGCUCUCAUGUCUGGGGGUGGCGCUGAGUAUGGCAAUGACGCCGCUGCUGGCGGAGAUUACUUACAUCAUCAACGUGAAGGAGAAAUCCCACCCGGGAGUUUUCGGCAGGAGGGGCGCGUAUGCUACCGCGUACGGUCUCUUCAACACCGCUUUCGCGGGCGGCAUGCUCGUCGGACCCAUUUGGGGCGGGUUUGUGACGCAGGGAUCUGGGUGGAAGACGAUGGGGUGGACGUUGGCUGUCUUGGCUUUGGUGGGAGCUGGGGUGGCGGCGUUGCUGGUUGGAGGUUGGGUUGGGAGGAAAAGUGCGAUGGAGGUGGAGGCGGUAGAUAUCGGGAGCGAUGGACCGAAGGAGGAGGGCGAGGUGUGA